AUGUCGUCACACAAUAGAGGAGAUGAUGAUGGCACGGCAGACGACCUCGUAAACAACAUGUCAAACUUUGCUAUGGACUAUGACUACGGCGACGAUAUCACCUCCCGUAUGGCCUCAGCCAAUAUGGGCGAGUCUUCCGCUGGUCCCUCGAGAGGUAAAGGGAAAGGUAUAUUCCUCGGAGAGGAGUCUCAGUCUUUGUAUGGGGGCUACGGGGUACCCAAAGCACCUGAGCUCCCUGGAUCAGCACUUAUGGCUGGAUAUAAUGAUUAUCAACCUGAUGGCCAUGAGUAUGAUGGCGGCGAGUACAUUUAUGAUAACGACAGGGAUGACAACACCGCCUUCAUCCCUAUCUCAACCGAGCCUGAAAACUACAAUGAACAAGACGAAGCCUCCGGCGCCCCUUCUCCACCUCCUCCUAUCUCAGCACCCGAUCCAAGCGGCUACUUUUUCUACGCACCCACUGCUCGUGCUGAGGACGUUGGCCUGACCCCGGAAGAGUACAUUGCUCGCAAUAGCAAGCAGGCAACGUCUCGCAGAAACAGUUAUACAUCAUCGGCAGGUGGAUCGAGGAGUAGGAGAGGAAGUGAGGAGGUAGGGAGAGACCAUACGGGGAGUGGUGUGAGGAAGAAGCCGAAGAGUAAAGGGACGGGAGGUUCUACGCGUAGUUAUAGGUCGCGAGAGUGGAAUCCGGGCGAUGACGAGGAGUAG